AUGAUGAAUACCCGAGGCAGUGGCAGCAGCAGCGGCAGCAACCAGACCAUGAUGGCCUUCUCCGAGCAUCCGAAGCCGGCGGCGUCGUCGUCGUCGGGGCAGCCGCAGCUGUCCCCGCCGUCGUCGCCGAACGAGCGUCCGCCAGCGGGCCGCGGGCGCCGGCGCGCGCAGGAGCCCGGGCGGUUCCUCGGCGUGCGGCGCCGGCCGUGGGGCCGGUACGCGGCAGAGAUUCGCGACCCCACGACCAAGGAGCGGCAUUGGCUGGGCACGUUCGACACCGCGCAGGAGGCGGCGCUCGCCUACGACCGCGCCGCGCUGUCCAUGAAGGGCGCUCAGGCGCGCACCAACUUCGUGUACACGCACGCCGCGUAUAACUACCCGCCCUUCCUGGCGCCGUUCCACCACGCGCAGCAGCCGUCGUCGUACGCGCACGCGCCGUCGUCCGUGCAGCAGCUGUACGGCGUGGGCGCGCCGCACAUUGGCUCGUACGGCCACCACGGCCACCACCACCAGGGCUCGGCGGGCGCUGGAGCAGCUGGCAGCGGCGCGUCUUCGGGCGAGUGCUCGUCGACGAUGCCGGUGCCCGUGGAACGUGCCGACGGCAUGCUGCUGCUGGACCGCAGCGGCGGCGGGCACCACCACCACGAGUUCCUGUUAGCGAGCGCGGACGACAACUCCGGGUACCUGAGCAGCGUGGUCCCAGAGAGCUGCCUCCGGCCACGGAGCAGCGCGGCGGCGGUGGAGGACCUGCGGCGGUACUCGGACGCGGACGCCUACGGGAUGGGCAUGGGGCUCCGGGAGGACGUGGACGACCUGGCGCAGAUGGUUGCCGGGUUCUGGGGCGGCGCCGGCGAAGCGGACCAGCUGUGCGGGUUCCCGUCCGGCGGCGCCGGGGACAGCAUGGUGGCGUCGUCGCAGGGGUCCGACGGCUACUCGCCCUUCAGCUUCCUCUCCCACUGA